UCGCUUGGUGGCAUGGUGCUUAGUUUGUGUAACGUGUGUGGCUAAAAGGGUUUAAUAACAUGAGUUCUCAGAGAGGUAAUAUAUCUCGAUCGCGGGGCCAGAAGCAUCAAAACACAACUGCGUUUAAAAACGACAAGUACGGGGCGACUACGCAAGUAAAGAAGGCAAAUUCAAAGAUCCAUGAUGGGCUUUGUCAACGCUGUAAAGGUGUUCUUGAGUGGAAAGUUAAGUACAACAAAUACAAGCCACUAACACAGCCUAGAAAAUGUGUCAAGUGCUCCCAAAAGACAAUAAAAGAUGCGUAUCACAUCAUUUGUAAGCCCUGCUCUCUUCAGCAAGAGAUCUGCUGCAAGUGUGGGAACAAGGAGGAGAUUGUUAUUCCGGUGAACUCACAUCUGGAGCAAAACGAGCAAGAAGUUGAUGAACAGAGAAAGAAAGGAUGUCGACGAAGGAAGACAGACAUGGAUGGUUUGGACAGUGAUGAUGAUUAUGAUGAUGAUGAAGAUGACUUUGAUGACUGUGAAGAGGAGGAAGAUAAAGAUUUAGACGAGGACUCUGCAGCAAAAAAGCCACAGAGAAAAUCUGCCGCGCUGCCGGACCUGUCCCCAAUCAAUAUUGAAGAUUAAACACAAUAAGAGUUCUUUUCAAACCUGUGUAACAAAUAGGAUUUUUUGGGGCAAAAUACAGUAUCAGGUUUGUUGCAGAAGCUCUCUUAGAUUAAUAUAUGGCAAUAAGCCGAUGCUGCCUGCUUGAUGCAGAGCAUGAAAAAGGAAGUCAGGUGAUGAAAUGCACAAAAACUGCCAGAUGACAUCAGAGGGAACAACGUAAUUUUUCUUUUUAACUGAGUCGGUGUACUUUCUAAAGACUCUUUAGUUCUGUAAAUUGUUUAAACUGCCAUAAAUAAUGUUUUAUAGCCUUUCAUGCAUUUUGCAAACAUUUUGCAAUAAAUCACACUGGUUAGUAAUGUGUUUGCAGUGUUCAGCUUUAUGCCGCUGCUGAGCAGUUAGUACACCGAGAGAUGUUCCUAAUAUUUUGGCUGUUGAUGUUAAUAGGUUUGGCUAUCGGCUAUCAUAAACUGAAAUGUAUCCAAGACACACUGUAUAUGUUUUUAGUUAGGUAGCACCAAUUAUUGCCGUUUUUUAUUUGAUUUUCUUUUGUUUUAUUUGUGUUUAAAUAUUAAAAUCUUCAGAAUAUCACUGAUUCUUCUAAAAUGUACAAUCACAUAAAUGUAAUACAGCAGUUUUUCCUCAGACUAACUUUAGAAACACUGAAAAUCUUGAUGUUGCUGAAUUUGAAAGGAGGAUAUCUUGAACAUUUUGAUUACAACUCACAUUAGUAAACUCACAAAUUAUGAAAGGCUCUUGGUGUGAGGAAAGCUAGAACCUCUACUACACAUUUAAACAUUUAUUAUAUUUUAUACAAACAUUCACCAGUGUCAUCUGCUUUUUGUACAUACACUCAUGAGACACUUUAUUACGUAUAUCUCGUCAGUACUGAGUUGGAUCCCCUUAUGCUGGAAACAUUCCCCAAAGAUUUUGGUCCAUACUGGUCUGAUGGUUGCAGAUUUUUCAGCUACAAAUCUAUGUGAUGAAUCUCCCGUUUCACCACAUCCCAGAGCUGCUCUACGGGAUUGAAAUGUGCUGAUAAGUUAAGCCAAUUUAAGUGCAGUGAACUCGUCGCGUUCAAGAAACCAGUUUGUGGCGUGACUUGUUAUCUUGCUGGAAGCAGCCAUCAGAAGGUUGAUACGCUGUGGUCAUAGAGCAAAAAGACACGGGUAGCCUGUAACAUUUAACAGAUACUCAUUUGCCAAAACAUAGUAUGCCAAAAAGAUACCUCUGUUACACCAACGACGACCUGAAAUGUUGAUCUAAGGCAGAAUGGUUGCAUGCUUUCAUAUUGUCUGUGCCAAGUAUCACCCUACUGUCUGAAUGUUGCAGAAGAAAUGAAUCAUCAAACAAGGGAACAUUUUUCCAAUCUUCUAUUGUUCAAUUUUGGUGGCUCUAAGCAAUUUAUAUCCCCAGUGUCCUGUUUUUACAGGGAACUGGGUGUGGACCUCUAUUGCUGUAGGCCAUCUGUUUCAAGGUUGAACAUGUUGUGCGUUCAGAGAUGUCCUUCUGCAUACCUCAGGUUGUAACAAAUUGUUAUUUGUUGCCUUCCUAUCUGAUUGGUUUUGCAGGAAACUCCCAGCAAAUCAGUAGUUUCUGGAACACUCAGACCAGCCUAUCUGGGACCAACAACCAUGCCAUGUUCAGAGUCGCUUAAAUCGACUUUCUGUCAUGAUCCUGAGUCCGUGACUCAGUAAUUUUGUGUUUGGUGUAUUUAUUGUUAUUAUUUUCAUUAUUAUG